AUGAUUAGAACCAAGGGUUUGGGUCGGGCUUUAGGCAUAGUUAUAAAAAGAGUCUUAAGGAGAGAAGUCAGUGGUGAUGCGGAUGAAGCACCCCAGCGGCGAAGGCCCAUAAUAUCUGCACAUAGGCAACGAGAAGUUGUACCUAUUGAUGAGUAUGCUCAGCAUGUGGAUCAUGAACAGCCUGAAGAAGCAGCUGUUGAUUAUGUAGUUACUAAUGCCGAGAGUUUUCUAGGCGAGCCCCACGACACAUCAGUUUUGAUGGAUUAUGUUUAUUAUGUAGUAGCGAAAGUUUGGAAUGGAGGGGAACGUCCUGCGCUAAAGUUAUCCUUCCAUGGAAAGAAGGUUGAGAAAUUUGGCAGGCCUGCUCCAGAGAUUGAAGGCUUAGUGGCUGCCACAAGACUAAGUCCUUUGAUCGCAUGUUCGUUGAACAUUGGUGAUCAGGGACUUAUAUCGGCAUUUGCGGAGAGGUGGCAUAAGGAAACUAGUAGUUUCCAUCUUCUUGUAGGAGAGGUAACUAUCACCCUCGACGAUGUGACAUUGUUGCUACAUUUUUCGAUUAUAAAGGCCUUCCACAACUUUGAGGCUCUUCAUAUGGAUGAAGUUGUCUUGCUGUUAGUUGAAUUGCUUGAAGUUAGUUCAGAAGAAGCAAAAGCUAAGACAAUACAAUGCCAUGGGGCAUAUGUUAGACUAUCCUGGUUGCGAGACAUAUAUCGGAGCAAAUGUGACGCAGCACAAUGGACUGUAGUAGCUCGAGCAUAUUUGUUGCAUCUGGUAGGUUGCACACUCUUUGCUAACAAGAGUGACACACACGUUCAUGUGGUGUUCUUGGACAUAUUUCAUGACCUGACGGCGGCGAGUGGAAGCUACACAUGGGGAGAUGCUGCACUGGUCCAUAUGUAUAAGAAUUUGAAUGAUGCGUCAAAGAGCACCGCCAGACAACUUGCAGGAUAUAUCAAACUUUUAUAG